CUGUUAGCUAUGUAAGGAUGCCGAGGUUAAGUGAACUCUUGUUUCUGGCCCAGCUGCUCUCUACCAUACGUCCAAGCUGAACAGACUUCUAGAAAUUCCCCCAAAGCUAGAUCAUUCGGUAAGAGCGCGCGCUAUGGGUGCGUUGGGCGAGCAGAAACUAUAAUGCCAUGGUACCUUCCGUCGGCCCUGCAGCCCCUCUGGGCUGCGGUAGGGGCGAUCGUGGUGAUUGUGAUUUCGAAGGAGUUUGCCACUGGGACUGAUGAGUAAUGAUGCAUUCACUGUAUCUCUGUCAUGACAAAGUGAUGCACUUCACGGUGCUGCCAAUGAUCAAGGUUGCCCCUUGCUGUUACAAUGUGCACUGUGAACAAUGUGGGCAUAGCUGGCAGCAUUUUGUGAACCGAGGGAGGGAAGUAAGUUGGAAGCGAGAAGCAACGUAAUUAGGAAUUACAGAGGAGAACAAAAAGAACGAGGCCCAGUUGAACAAUUGACUUGUCGGAAUCUCGAGAGCGGUCUCAGAUUAGGAGGUUCGUGAGGGCACAGCUAAUAAAAGUCCCGAGCACUCCAGCCUGACUCUGGGAGAGGGCGAGAGCGCUCCAGGGACGACCGAUCGAGGACUCAGGGAACAAGGCGAGGGAGGGGAGGAGAGGAAGGAACUUUAAGAAUGGUUGAGGGGUCACGAGAAGGGAGAAGAAAUUUGGAGAGCAGGUAGAGAGAGGUUUGCAGCGAUGGCGUGUGCAGCGAACUGUGUGGUAACAUCAAGGCAAGCGUGGGCUGCUGCUGCAGCACCAUCAUCAUGGCCAUGCAGCAGCAGACCCAGAUCCCAGAAGAGCACUGCCCUGGAGAUCACUGCCCUCGCUGCAAGGAGUUCUACGGUGUCUUUGGCCAAAGCAUUGAAAAGUGUGUCUGGUUUCUCCCAGCAUAAGAAUGAACUCCGAAGCUAUAUCAGCGUUGGCACUUCUGACAGAAGAGAGGCUCGGUCAUGGAGAAUCGUGGCCGAGAUUGCACAGAAGGCGGAAUACAUAUGGAUGGACGGGCAGGAAGGUCUCAAAGGGAUCAGGUUCAACGAGAUGCGUACCAAGACCAAGUGCAUCCAAAAACCCCUUCCCAUCGGAUCUCUGGACUUCCCAGAGUGGUCUUUCGACGGCUCCAGUACGGGGCAACAAGAGAUCGGCAACAACUCAGACUGCAUCUUGAAGCCGGUGUUCACGUGCCCUGAUCCGAUUCGAGGCGGCAACAGCGUGCUGGUGCUGUGCGAGGUCCUGACGCCGGAGGGCAACCCGCACCGCACGAACAAGAGGCGUCUGCUGGCGGAUACGCUGACGGAGGACAUCAUCGCGCAAGACACAUGGUUCGGCUUCGAGCAGGAGUACACCAUGUUCGGCCGAGACGGCCAUCCCUACGGCUGGCCCCGAGCUGGCUACCCGGCCCCCCAAGGCCCCUUCUACUGCGGCGUCGGCCUCGAGUCCGCAUACGGCCGCCAAUUCGUCGAAGCUCACUUCGAUGCCUGCGUCAAGGCGGGGCUGAAGAUCAGCGGCAUCAACGCGGAGGUGAUGCCGGGGCAGUGGGAGUUCCAGAUCGGGCCGGCGGGGCCGCUGGAGAUGGGCGACCAGGUCAUGAUAGCCCGGUACCUGCUGCACCGGCUGGGCGAGGACUUCGGCGUCAUCUGCACCUUCGACCCCAAGCCCGUGCCGGGCGACUGGAACGGCGCGGGCGCGCACACCAACUUCUCCACCGCGGCCAUGCGCGCCGACGGCGGCAUGGACGCCAUCCUGCGCGCCAUCGACCGUCUCGCGCUCAAGCACCCCGAGCACGUGGCUCUCUACGGCCCCGGCAACGACCGGCGCCUCACCAAAACGCACGAAACGGCCAGCCUCCGCACUUUCAAAUCCGGCGUCGCCGACCGCGGCGCCUCCGUCCGCAUCCCGCUCCCCGUCGCCGUCGCCAACAAGGGCUUCCUCGAGGACCGCCGCCCCGCCGCCAACGUCGACCCCUACGUCGUCGCCCGCUUGCUCAUCCAAACCACGCUCCUCCCAUAGCGCCUCCCCUCCCCCACCCCCACCCUGUCGCCCCGCCCGUUGCAGCAGCGGGCGGAGAGCGUGUCGAGCGUUGUCGGAUCCGAACCUGCAACGGCCCCCGCUGGCGGCGCCGGCGAUGCGUGACGGGGAAGCCUCGGCCUCCGACAACUUUGGGAAGCUCGGUGCUUGAGACUCGAGGUUUCACAAACUCUGGGAGCGAUGUGCUGCGAAGCGGGAGCACCGUCCGGGCCCGAGGCUUGAUCGCCAUUGAAGUGUACCAUAGAGAUUGGAAUCGAAAAAGAUGUCACUGCUGCUGCGCCAGUCACGCCGCGCCGCCGCUACGGAGGAUUCCAUAUCGACGCAUCGUUCCACUGGGAAGAGAACGAGAGCACCUCCGUCGCCUCCUCGUCGCUGGGAUUUCGGCCUACUGCGAAGUUCACUUUCGACCGAGCUUCGAGUUGCCGGUGCUCCUGCUCGCUCUCGGCCGGGGCAGAAAUCAGGCAUCGCUGUUUAUGUCGUUUCCAGCCCGAACAGUUGAUUUCGUUCCAAGAAUAUUUAUAAUCCAGUUUGUAAUUUCCCUGUACGAUCAGUUUUGACCCAUAUGUGCUCGACCUAUUUUAUGUGUGGCACACAAAACCCCCACCCUCUCAUCUCUUGGUCGCUUGGGCUCUUACAUCGGAGGAACGGUCUAAGACACUGUGCUUUACCGCAGCAUAGAUUACCUCUUUCUUUUCUUUCGCCCGGCAGGUCCUUUUCUUGCUUUGUAGCUCAGUCGCUGUGGUUGCACCUCGCUUUUGUUUCAUGCGUCUCCCAUUUCGUUGCUUUGGCAAACCUCCCUUUAAAGAGUUGUGACUCGCUCUUUGAAUUACUUUUUGUGCAUGUUCGUCUCAUGUGGCCUUUACGUUCAAAAACAACGCGCAUUGUUUUCACGAUGCAUCCUCUGUAUCCACGGGGUUGGAGGUUUGACAUGCUAAUGGUGGUGCCUUUGACAUGGUUCCAUGUUUAAGGCACUGCCAUUAGACUGCUUAUCUCGCCCCAUUCAUCUUUGGCACAAGUUCCAACAUUACCGCCAGAGUCCUGCCAAACAUAUGAUUUUUCUUUCGUCUUGUCAAAGCGCACUUUAAUAAUGCUUUGAUUGACGGUCCAAAUUUAUAAUUAGUGUACACCAGAGUGGUUUUAAGUUGUCUAUGUGAACUCGUUUAGUGCAAAAUUUGGAUGGUGAACUUGGUAGCGGAUUAUCAGACGUGGUGAAACUUCAGCUUGAUUUUUUUGUACGGACUAAAAUCUGGGGUUCGCCCAAGGCCUUCCAAAAUAAGGAUUUAUUUUCAAACAUAUUAUCGGCAUUUU